AUGAAGAGUGAGAAGAGACUGCAAGAACGAUUUGAAAAAAGAGAAGGAAUAAAAUGGCAUGAUAAUAUUUAUGAACAACUAGAAUAUGAAAAGGAGAUAAUUGAAAAAAUAAAAAGAGGAGAAAUGAAGAAAGAGGAAGAAGAAGCAGAAGAAAUACAAAUUAAAGUGGGAGAAGAAGAAGAAGAAGGAAAAAUUAAGAUAAACGUCAUUCGACCAAGUCAAUAUAAAGAAGUUAAAGUAAGAAUUUAUGUUAAUGGAGAAGAAGAAAUAUUUGAUAAAAAAUAUGAAUGGGUGAUGAAAGAAGGAGUUGACAAUAUUGAAGUUGAAAAGCCAAUGGUUGAAGGAAUAUUUGAUAUUAGAGUAAUGUAUGAGAAAAGCAAAUUAAUCCAAGAAAGUAAAUAUAUUUUUAAAGAAGCAAAAGGAAACGACUAUAUUCAUAUUGAAAAAGUUAAAUAUCAAGAAAAUAAUAAAGAAAUGACAGGAAUUCAAGUUAAAAUAGAAGAAGGUAAAGCAGAAGAAGGAGAUUUUGUAUGUAUUUAUUUAGCAAGUAAUACCAAAAAUAAAGAAUUUAUUCGGAAAAAAUGUCUUGAAAAUAAAACACUAACUUUUUUCAUUCCUUUAUCAAAUAAAGGAACUUACUUUCUAAAAUACUUUAGAAAACCUGUUACUGAACCAACACCAUCUUCACCAUUUAUUCACAUUCAAAGAUUUGAAUUUUAA